GAAAAAUACAUGGGAAUCGGAGUACUGUGGAUAUUUGCACCUGAAAAGUGAAAACGGUGGAGUCAUUUCGGUUUCGACAAGUUUUUAUUAAUUUGAGAUUAUAAAAAUGUCAGCACGCUACGAUCGGGCGAUUACAGUUUUUUCUCCAGAUGGCCAUUUACUUCAAGUGGAAUACGCACAAGAAGCUGUGAGGAAAGGAUCUACAGCAGUUGGCGUUCGUGGAACAGAUGUAGUGGUUCUUGGCGUCGAGAAGAAAUCUGUAGCCAAGCUGCAAGAGGAACGCACUGUCAGAAAAAUAUGCCUUUUGGAUGAUCACGUUGUUAUGGCAUUUGCAGGUUUGACUGCUGAUGCUAGAGUAUUGAUAAAUCGAGCACAAAUAGAAUGCCAGAGUCACAAAUUAACAGUAGAAGACCCCGUUACAUUGGAGUACAUAACGAGGUACAUAGCAGGUCUAAAGCAAAGAUAUACACAGAGUAAUGGAAGGAGACCAUUUGGAAUAUCGUGUCUCUUAGCCGGUUUUGAUUAUGACGGAGUACCUCAUUUAUACCAGACGGAGCCUUCUGGAAUUUAUUACGAAUGGAAGGCAAAUGCUACUGGUCGUAGCGCUAAAACGGUUCGCGAGUUUCUAGAAAAAUAUUAUACAUCUGAGGAGGUUGCGACAGAGAAGGGUUCCAUCAAAUUGGCGAUCAGAGCCCUUUUGGAAGUUGUUCAAUCCGGACAAAAAAAUCUAGAAAUAGCAGUCAUGCGGAGAGGACAACCCUUGCAGAUGUUGGAUACAAAGACAAUCGGCGAGUACGUGUAUGAAAUAGAAAAAGAAAAGGAAAUUGAGGCAGAAAAGAAGAAACAAAAAAAGUGAUGAUUUGGAUUAUUUGUAAUACAAUCAUACAUAUUUUUAAAAUCCCUAAUAAAACAAAUAUGCUGAUUUAAGGGAAUUGCAAGAUAUAAUUUAUUUAUUUAUAAAUGUAUUUUCCUUGUAUUAUUUACUGUAGAAUUUAAUACAAGGAACACUUUUAUAA